GGACUUUGUAGCUCGUUUUAACAAAGGGAGGUGGAUGAAUUAUGAGUACUCUUACAUGACAGUCCUUGAUGGGAGGAAUGGUGAUAUCCUCUGGCGUAUUAACUGCUCACAGGCUGCAAUGUCAUCACCAGUCACUGUUCAUAGCAAGACUAGAGGAGAUGAUGGUUUCCUGUUUCUUGGAAUCGGUUGUGGUAAAAUGAUUGAUGAUAUCAUUAAUUCUGGUGAACGAUCCUCUCAUUCUCCAAAUGAUGGUAGGAGUAAAAGGUCCGCACAGUGUCCAGUGAAACACUUUGAAAGAGAUAAUGAUAGAUGUGUCUUUAAUCCUCUUGAUGUUCUAUUGCAUUCUCGUCAAAGAAGGCAUGGUAAUGAUGAUGGUUUGCUCCAAGGUUCCGGUGAUAAUGAUGUCAGAAUCCCUCCUCAGGAAAACAUGAUUGACAUUGACUUUAGUGAGUAUUAUCCUGAUGAUCUGUGGGAGAGCAAUGGACCAAUGGAUAUCUUUCCUGAUCCUGAUGAGAGCCCAGAGUCUUUCAUGAAGGAUUACUGUGGAUAUGAUCCUGAUCUGUUGCAAGCUAAUAUUUACUUCUUGAACAGGAAAUUAAUAGAAUCACUAACUGAUGUUAUACCAGUCAUGUCCUUUGAUACUUACAUAUACAAGGCAUCUCAUAAAGACUUGAAGAAACGUCAUGGUGAAAACAAGGGACCAACUGCAAGUGAUACUGGAGAGCAAUCAAUGGAGGACAUUGAACUAAUGAUGAUAAAGAAACUAAUGAAAGACCGCAAGGGACUUCGUUGUGCUCACAUAAUGGCCCCUGUACUAUCAGCAGGGACUCCUGUUAUUACUGACUCUGAUGGAGAUGGUAAAGUUGAAGCUAUUGUGUCCCUUACUUAUACAGCAGUACCUAGUGCUUAUAGUGUAAAAGUACCGGGCUUCAUUCAUCCACCUCAACUUAUUGUGCAGAGUUUGACUAUUGAGAAUAGACUGAAGGCUAUUUAUGGGACUCAGGUACAAGGAGUAUCAUCUGACUACUGGCCAAUGGAUAAACAACCUUGGACUGAAUAUAUGGGGAGUGAUGGUAAUGGGGUUUAUGUGAAGCAUCCUAAAUAACAAUACAUGUAGUAGCUAAUGAUAAUGACCAUAAUAAUGAUGUAAUAACAAUAAUAAAACAAUCCUCUGUAAUGCAUGUAUGA